UCUGAGGGUCGGUGGACGGCGGACGGAUUCGCGAGGAGCUUGUCCUCUUCUACAUCUUUCUUUUUGCUGGCAAAAAGAUUUCUUUCCCAUUGAUUGUAUGAAACUUUGGUUUUUGUUCAAAGUCUUUCAUCAAAAGAAGGCGUACCUAUUUUGUAGUUUUCUUUUCUCUCGUUGCACGUGAUCAACGAUUCAAAUCAAGUUUUUUAGUUGUUCCCAAAAAACUUUUACGCCCCACAAGUGUUAUUGCUGAUCCAACGAACCAUUGUAUGGAAUGGAACACCUAAACAGUUCGAUCUUGCUUUAUCAUGAAAAAAUUAUUGAUGACAAAUUUAAGAUCUUGGCAGUUCUUGUUAGACAGACAAGUUUUAGUGAGAAGGUCUGCAAAAGUAUUAAUAAAACUAGGGGGACAAUAAAUAUAAACCGGACAAUCUUUUCUAGUAAAUGUUUUGAGAUUGAGAGUCACAACGAAGUUAAUUUAUUGCGAUUUUCACAUUGUUAUGUCAGUUCUGAUUUUUCUUCCAGGUCUUGAAUCUCAAGAUUUCUUUCUGGCUUGCUUUCGCGGGAAAUCUUACCAUGGCUGUAGAGAGAGCGAGGCAGCGGCUACCACACUGUGGGAAACCCAGAUAGAGUUGGUGCUCUCUCUCUGUUUUGGGCAUGGCUUCCUCGUUCAUACUCCCUGGAUACCCUCCUCUCUCUACGCCCUCAUCAUCAUCACGGGCGCAGACGAGACGGCGCCUCCCUCCAUCGAGCACCGCCGCUGCUCCUGCCGCCGCCACAGUCACCGCUAGACCCCCUCCGGCAAGCCACCGCUCCCGCUCUACACCCCACAUCUUCUGCCACCCUUCGGGGUUGCUCCUGGAGAUGUGCGCCGAGAUGAGGGAGCUCUACCAAUUCCUUCCUCUCGUCAUCAAAAACGGUCUUGAUAGUGACCCCCUGUUCCAGACCAAGCUGCUCAGCCUUUUCUCUAGGUUCGGGAGCAUGCAUCAUGCUGACCUCGUCUUCCAACGAGCCGAUCACAGCAAGGACGAAUUCUGGCAUUCCAUGCUGAAGGGCCAUUCCAAAAACUCAUCGCUGGACGUUGCCUUCGCCUUCUUCUGCAGAAUGAGGCGUUUUGGUGUGCAACCUCUCGUCUACAACUUCACCUAUCUACUGAAGAACUGCGGCGACCAAGUGGAUUUCAGAAGAGGGAAACAGAUUCAUGGGAAAUUGAUUUCAUGCGGGUUUGAGUCGAACGUGUUUGCCAUGACUGCGGUCGUCAACAUGUAUGCAAAAUGUAGCCAGAUGCGUGACGCGCAAAAAAUGUUCGAUCGAAUGCCUCAGAGAGACGUGGUCGCUUGGAAUGCCCUUGUUUCUGGAUAUGCGCAGAAUGGGUUACCUUUGCGAGCUAUUCAGACGUUUGGAUUGAUGCAAACUGAAGCAAUGUCCCCUGACUCGAUCACAAUUGUGAGCGUCCUUCCUGCUUGUGCGGACACUGGUUGCCUAAAGCUAGCCAAGUCCAUCCAUGGAUACGUCGUCAGAGUCGGAUUUGAGUCUCUUGUCAAUGUGGCUACAGCAAUCGUGGAUGUGUACUCGAAAUGUGGUCAUGUCAACAAAGCAAGGUUGGUGUUUGAUCGAAUGCCUGAGAAGAAUGUUGUUUCUUGGAACACGAUGAUUGAUGGUUAUGCUCGUAAUGGUGAUGCCAAGGAAGCCUUGAAAAUGUUUCAGCAGAUGCAGGCUGAAGGACUUCGUGCUACUGACGUGACGUUUAUGGCCGCCCUGCAUGCUUGUGCUAACAUGGGCGAUCUGGCACAGGGAAGAUACGUUCAUGACUUGGUUGUUCGGGAUGGAUUUGAAUCGGAUGUUUCCGUUAAUAACUCAUUGAUUGCUAUGUACUCCAAGUGUAAAAGAAUGGAUCUUGCUGCUGAAAUAUUCAAGAAGCUCCACAAGAAGACUCUUGUUUCAUGGAAUGCUAUAAUAUCCGGCUAUACCCAAAAUGAUCAUGUAAACGAAGCAUUACAUCUCUUUUCUGAGAUGCAAAAGAAGAAUUUGAAACCGGAUUCAUUCACCUUAGUCAGCAUCAUUCCUGCAUUUGCCAACUUGUCUGUUCUCCGCACAAGCAAAUGGGUCCAUGGUCAUGCUAUCAGAUUGUGCCUCCAUAGAAAUGUGUACGUCGUGACUGCUUUGAUUGAUAUGUAUGCAAAAUCUGGUUCCAUUAAGAUCGCACGCAAAUUGUUUGACAUGACAGACGAGCGGCAUGUAACUACUUGGAAUGCUAUGAUAGAGGGUUAUGGUACCCACGGCUUUGGUAAAGAGGCGGUUUCACUGUUUAAUCAGAUGAAAAUGUCCCCUGUUAAGCCCAAUGACGUUACUUUCCUUUGCCUUCUUUCUGCUUGCGGCCACUCUGGUCUAGUAGAUGAAGGGCGCGAGUUUUUCAACAGCAUGUCCAGGGACUAUGGUGUAACUCCUCAUAUGGAUCACUAUGCUACGAUGGUGGAUUUGCUUGGCCGUGCCGGACUCCUUGAUGAAGCUUGGGAUUUCAUCCAGGCAAUGCCCAUUGAGCCCGGAAUCAGCGUCUUUGGUGCUUUACUUGGUGCAUGCAAAAUUCACAAGAAUGUUGAGCUGGGAGAGAAGGCAGCAACAAGACUUUUUGAAUUGGAGCCAGAAGAAGGUGGAUAUUAUGUGCUGUUGGCAAACAUUUAUGCAACAGCGUCGAUGUGGGGCGCUGUUGCUAGAGUGAGGAACAUGAUGGAGAAGAAAGGGAUACAGAAGAUGCCGGGCUGCACUUUAAUCCAGCUGAAGAACGAGGUUCACACAUUCUACUCUGGCAGCACAUCGCACCCUCAAACUGAACUCAUCUACAAAGCACUAGAAGAAUUGAUGGUCAAGAUAAAAGCCGCUGGCUAUGUACCUGAUACUAACUCCGCUCAUGAUGUAGAGGACUACGUGAAGGAACAGCUUCUUAAUACGCACAGUGAGAAAUUAGCCAUCGCUUUUGGGCUUAUUAACACCAGCCCAGGGACGACCGUCCAUAUCAGGAAGAACCUGCGUGUUUGUGCUGAUUGUCAUACCGCCACUAAAUUCAUCUCAAAAGUUACUAACCGGGAAAUUAUAGUUAGGGAUAUGCACCGCUUCCAUCACUUCAAGGAUGGCUUCUGUUCUUGUGGGGAUUAUUGGUAAUUGUAAUUAGGCAUGUCACCAUCCUCGUUUAUUAUUUGGUUUGCUUCGAGGUUC